AUGACGAAGUGUCUGUUCCAAAACGUUGUUAACCUUGAACAUUGGAUGAUUUUUCAUCUUGAAUCAACAAAGACCGUUCGAUUGUUUGUGACACGUAUGAUGGUGAAGAAUUGUGUUUUAGGCUGGUUACUAAUUGUCCACUUGUCCCUGGUAAAGGCGUGGUAUUUACCAGGGAUAUCGCCGAUCAAUUAUUGUCCACCACCGGUUGGUAGUGAGAGUAACUGCAAGAGUGAGAUUACUCUGCUUGUUAAUAAGUUGACUUCAAAGAAGUCGUUUAUCUCUUUCCGCUAUGACUCGUUUGAUUUCUGCAGUUUGUCCUCAGAGCCAUCUCCAGUCGAAAAUCUUGGUCAAGUGGUCUUUGGAGAACGUCUAUCACCAUCGAGUUAUGAGAUUAUAUUUGGCAAAGAAGAGACAUGUAAAGUUCUUUGCACGAAAAAAUACUCACAUGCUAACUACAAGAAAUAUUUAUUUAUUACUAAGGCUAUUAUGAUGGGCUAUGAGCAUCAUUGGGUUAUGGAUAACUUGCCAGUUACAGUUUGUGUACAAGCUGUAGACGGAAAAAAAUAUUGUAAAACUUCUAUUCCACUUGGAUGCUUUGAGGGUAAUCAGGAUAAAUCGGAUUCUGUGUGUUUAGGAAUACCUUUGGCCAAACAUAGUACAAUCUUGUUAAAUCAUGUCAGUCUGCACAUUGUCUAUCAUCCAGUUAAAGAUUCAUGGAGUAGUUCAGGAAAUGUUAAAGCUGGACGUAUUCUUUCAGUGAUUGCCAGUCCUAGUAGUAUUGCUCAUCCAAACAAUGCACCGGAUUGUACAUUAAAGCAGCCAUUAAUACUCCCGUCUGAUUUAAAGGAUGAACUUACAAUAACUUACACAUACAGCGUAACAUUCGAAGAGGAUCUUACGCGUAAAUGGUCAUCUCGUUGGGAUUAUAUUUUGGACACAAUGCCGCAAAGUAACAUUCAGUGGUUAUCUAUUUUGAAUUCAUGUGUGCUAACAUUAUUCCUUUCUGGUCUACUUGCAACCAUUCUUCUGCGUACACUACGUCGUGAUAUUGCUCGUUACACAGAACUUGAAAGCGCGACCGCUGUUCAGGAGGAAUCUGGUUGGAAAUUAGUUCACGGUGAUGUAUUUCGUCCGCCUAACUGGGGUAUGCUUUUCUCAGUUGUUGUUGGCUCAGGAGUUCAAAUCUUCCAAAUGUUAUUGGUCACCCUAUUUUUUGCAUGUCUUGGAUUUUUAAGUCCAGCCAAUCGUGGUGCAUUGAUGACUUGUGCUUUGGCUGUAUUCGCUUGUUUAGGAGCUUCUUCGGGUUAUGCUUCAGCUCGAAUCUACAAAUUUUUCGGCGGUUUGCGUUGGAAGACUAAUGUUAUAUUAACUGCAACAGUUUGUCCUGCCUUAGUUUUUUCAGUGUUUCUUAUUUUGAAUGUCGCACUUUGGAUUUUGGAUAGUGCAACUGCUACUCCGUUUGGCACUAUAGUGGCACUUUUAGCACUAUGGCUUUGUGUUAGUCUGCCUUUGUGUUUCCUUGGAGCAUUCUUCGGUUUCAGGAAACCGGUAUUUGAAACUCCUGUUCGUACUAAUCAAAUACCACGACAAAUACCUUAUCAAAGUUUAUAUAGUAGACCCUUGAUGGCAUUUUUCAUUGGUGGAUUAUUGCCGUUCAGUUGUAUAUUCAUUCAAUUGUUUUUCAUAUUCAAUAGUAUAUGGGGAGCACAGUUUUACUAUAUGUUUGGUUUCUUAUUCUUGGUUUUCAUUAUGCUGGUCAUUACAAUAUCUGAGACAUCUAUACUAAUGUGUUAUUUUCAAUUGUGUGGAGAGGAUUAUCGCUGGUGGUGGCGUUCACUAUGUACAGGAGCUGGAACAUCAUUUUAUUUAUUUGUUUACUCCAUUCAUUAUUUUGUGACACGUUUAGAAUUUCAAGAUGCAGUUUCGGCAUUCCUUUAUUUCGGUUAUACAGCCAUCAUUUUAUGGCUUAACUUUUUAUUUACCAGUUCUGUUGGCUUUUACGCGUGCUUCUGGUUUGUUCGAAAAAUUUACGGAGUUGUAAAAGUCGACUAA